GACAACUGAUUAAUUAAACUUCCUACUCUGCUGAUAUCAAACAGGAACUUGCUGAGAAUCAGCUAAAAACAAAUAGCAUUCAUUUUGCUUUUUUUAAUCAUAUAAUAAAAGUGAAUACAAAAAAACAAUUUUAAAAAAGUUGAGGUGCAACCCUAGAUAACUAUUCACAUAAAUCUUAGUGGCCUAAGCAAUCACCUGAUAAGAUUUCUUAAACAGGUUUAAAAGUGACGUAUAAGGAACAGGCUUUAGUUAAGUAAAGAAGAAUAGAGUACAAGUAGGAGUUGUUUGGGAAUUUUUAAUUUUUAUUUAUUUAUUUUUGUCAUAACAGUGUAUAUAAGCAUUAACAUGAAAUAACUAUAUAACAUCUAAGCAUAUAUAUGAGCAUAAGUAUGUAAUAACUGUAUUAAUUGGAUAUAAUGAAGAAGAACAAUAGGACAGGGAACGGUAGGCACGUUUGUGCUCUUAUGCACGCCCCUUAUAGACCUCUUAGGAAUGGGGUGAGGUCAAUAGUAGAUAGUUUUUGGUUAAAGAUUUUGGGAUUUUGAGAAGAGACCACAGAGUCAGAAGCUGUCCCGUGUCUUGGUGACCUGACCUUAGCAGCUGAGGAGAUGAACUGUGGCAGCCAGCCUGUCCACCACCAGCCCAGCCCAUUGGAACAGACAGCUCUCCACGAUCAUGCUCUGUAUUGCAUCCCUGAGGAAGCAGAAGCUCUGAAGCACCUGGUGAGGAAGCUGAAGGACACUGUGUCCCACCAGAGUAAUCUCCUCUACAGCCUGCAGAAAACUGUAGAGGACCAGGAACUCCAAUAUCGGGAACUUCAGGAAAAAGCAGAAGCCAAGGAAUGCCAUGUUCUCACUGAUCUCGAAGCCCGUGUUUCUCAACUUGAAGUCAGGAACCAGUACCAGCUGGAGCCUCGGGGGCCAUGUUUGCAGAAGGACCAGGGUGCCUACAGUGCCACCAUCCUCUCGCUGAACAAGCAAGUGAGGAGGCAGCUUGAAGACCGAGCGCAGCAUGAAGUUUUCUCCCUGGAGGGUAUCAACACUCAUAGCAAGUUGUUGAGGUUCUACACAGGCUUUGAUGGAUACCCUCGCCUCAAGGCCUUCUUGGACUUCCUCCAGGAGGGGGAGAGUCUGGAGAAUUGCCCUCCCUGUGCCCUCAACCCCGAGAACCAGCUCUUCCUGGUGCUUGUCCGGUUGCGCUUGGGGCUCCUUCUUCAAGACCUGGCUUUUCGCUUCCAUAUCUCUGAAUCUACAGCCUGCCGCUAUUGGCUGAGCUGGAUGGAGCUGAUGGAGCGGAAACUACGACAGGUUCCAGUUGCCUUCAGCCGGCGCUACAUAGAUGCCUUCAAGCCACAACAGUCACUUCGACAUCACGACAUGAUGCUGGUGGCUCUGGACUGCGCAGAGCUUUUUUUCGAAGCUCAAGGAAGGACGCGAGGCAAACGAGAUGGCUCCCGGAGCCCUCGGGCCCACUAUUCAAUCCAUGGGUCCGCCCUGGCUGCACCUAGCGGCUUCCUCACUUUCAACGCAGGAACAGGCCAUGAGUUGCCCACACUGCCUCCAUUCCUGCAGGCGGGACCCGUGGAACUGACGGCUGAGCAAGAGGCUGCCAAGAGGCAGGUACUGAGUUUACAUAGCCUGACAGACAAGGCUCUCGGCUUCCGUUUCCUGCGCCUGGUUCACCCUCAGAACAUGGAAGACCAAGUGAGGAGGGCCUGGGUUAUCUCCUGUUACUUGGCCUGUCUGCUGCAUGAACCUAUGGGUCUAACCUAGAGCAAGGAUUCCUAUAUCCUCAGGACAUUAUUUUAAUAAUCACCUCAUUUUUAACAUUUUAAUUACAGGACUGUUCAGAGAAGAAUUCUUCCUUGGAGCUAAAACUUUUCUGCUUUCCUUGAUCAUGAAUAAAAUAAAGGCAACAUUCACAUACCACCUACCCAGUCCAGUCCAGCAAUCCAAUAAUUUCAUUUCAAAACCUUCCCCAAAUUGCUUUCCUGAAUUGUUAAUGUCUGUCAUGCUUUCCAGUUUCCUUCCUAGAAAUUUUGGGAGACUAAUUCGUUUUUUUCCUCCCCCUUUUCUUUUCUUUUUUUCUUUUGGUCAAUUUUAGUUAUUGGUAACCCUGCCUGACAAAUCCCUAAGGUUUUCUUUGCAAUGUUUUCAUUAGUCUGACACUGCAUUUUUCCUAGGGCUGAGAGAGUAGCUUAGGUUACCAGCUAGCUUCCUACCAAAGACAGGACUACAGCUCAGUUGUUUGUUUCUAGCCUGGUAUCUUAACCAGUACUCCAAACUGGUUCUGUCUCUUUUUAACAUCUUGUUCUUUUUAAAGCAGUUUUAGCUUCCAAAUUCAAACAUGGUAAAUUUCAUUCCUUCCCCUGCCCCCAUUCUCUCACACUGAGUUUCAGAUACUGCCUCUAAUUCUGGGUCACCAAUGGCUAUCAAAUUAGUGCUUAAAGACUAGGUUGGUCAACUAUUUCUACUUUUAAAAAAAAAAAAUCUUCCAAGGAAAUCUGUGCUCUGAAAUUUAUUGCAAUUUCAGAAGGUUUUUCAAACCACCGAAGUGCCACUUUUAUCAUGCUUAUAUGGUCCUUAACUAGCCAACAUAAACUUCUUACAAUAACUUCAUUUUUACGACCCUGCUUACUAUGUGAGUUAUUAAUUACAGAAGGUUAGGAUUCCUUGGAAGAAGAAUGUAUUUUAAAGUGAAAUUUUGAAUUCUGUUGUGACUCAACAGGACUUUUGCCUGC